UUAAAGUAUACUUUCUAUGAUGUCUUCCAAACGUCUCCUUUUGCACAAUCUACCAGAUGACGUGUUGGAGCACGUUUUCGCGUUUCUUCCGUUGUCCGAUCGCAAGUCUGCUUCUUUGGUGUGCCGCUUAUGGAGCGAAUUGGCGUUCAGCCGCCGAUUCCUGAGCAACGUAACUCUCCAACUCUUCCGCAAGAUGAAAAACUAUCAAAGCAACUAUCUACAGAGAAGUACCCGCCGAUAUCGGAACGUGAUUGUGUUUUUCGAAUCAAAAGCAUGCCAAAAGGCCGAAUACGGAUUCAUCAUCAAGAUCAUGAACAUGUUCGGAGCCGAAUUGGAGAGCUUCCAUUGCAUGGUGAACUUCAGUGAGGAGCAGCUGUGGAACGUGAUAGCUCGUGCGCCUCAGCUCAAACAGUUGAUCGUCGGCUUGGAUGGCACGACCGUGCAGCAGUUUACCUUCCCCAAGCUGAGGUAUCUGCAAGAUUUGGGCUCGUUAACGAAUGUGCUUCGAAUCCAAAGUCUGGAUGCACCCAAUUUGAGGCAGCUGACUGCAAUAUUCACCAAUUUGACGGAUGCGAGGGAAUCCACGGCGCUUCUUCGAAGACAAGCUCCCCAGUUGAAGAACUUGGAAUUAUAUUCAACGGAAUAUUUCAUCCCGAUCGAAGAACUUCAGUUUCCGAAGGUUGAAACAUUAGCUUUACGUGAACGAAUUUGUGCAACGAACAGUGACGCACUGAGAACGUUUUUUAAAGGAUUCGUUUCGUUGAGGGAAGUCAUACUGGGCUUCAAUGUUGGGGCAUCCGAUCUGGAUGUUAUCACCAAAACCUGCUCAAGUAUUGAAAGAUUAUCUUUCAAAUUCAGUGCGGUGAUCCCGAAUUUAUUUUGUUUGUUGGGACGUCUUCGUCGUUUGAAGACAUUAUGGCUUCAUGGAGUCAUCGAUUCCAAAAUUACGCUGGAUUGUAAACCCUUGGUAAGUGUUCAACGGCUCGUCUUCCAGGUAUCCAAACUAAGCGGGGAGGCGAGCGUUAUUCGAGGCUUCCGCCAGAUUCUUCCGAAUGUGACCGACAUGAAUGUGACAUUGGCAACGCUGUCCAAUAAUGACAGAAGGAAUCUGCAGGUCCUGGCACAAGUGUGCGCGAACUUUUCCAAUCUCAAGCGCCUUACAAUUUUGUACGCCGACUACUGUAUGAUGCGAUGCCGUCUUUCGGAAGCUUUGAAUCAUCUGUAUCAACUGGAAGAGCUCACCUUCAAUCACAUCAUCACAAACAAACCGAUGGAGUUCAUGUGGCCGAAAAGGACUCUGAAGCGGUUGAGGUUUCAAAACUAUCCAUAUCUGACCGACGAAGAUUUACUGCUGAUGGCCGAGGUGUAUCCCAACCUGAAGUAUCUCGAGCUGGCAUGGUGUAAGCAGGUGACUACCGCGGGGUUGGACGAGUUCCGGGCCAGACUCCCGGACUGUGUCGUGCAUCGCGUUUAUCCGAAUAGACUUGGUUAUGAAAACGACGACAUCACUAUCCGCACCGCAACGGAAGCUCGGCGAUUGAUAUGCAUUCUGGAUCGGAAUGUCGUUUCAGGAUAGGAGCGUUUUGUAUGCAUAUUGUCCUUUUUCAAAAAAGUUACCUAAGGGCAUAAACCAUCAGGAAUUGAGGGACAAAUCAUCCAGUGAACACGAAGAAAAAAAUAUAACUAGUUGGUGUUAUUCAAUUCCAUUCAAAUUAAAAAGGACUAAUCGCGUAUUGUAGAUCAGUUUCGAAUCAACUGUCGUUUGUUUAAAAGUAUUCUGCAAAAUCACGCUUUCGUUUUUAAAUAGCAACGCAGGUAGAAGACAAAAUAUAUUAAAAUAAUUAAAUAACAGCGAUGUCCUCAAGAUGAAGAAGAAGGAUAAGAAGAAGAAGAAGAAGAAGAAUAAGAAGUAGAAAAAGUAGAAGAGGAGGAAGAAAAGGAAGAAGAAGAAGAAUAAGAAGAAGAAACAGAAAACGAAGAAGAAGUAGGAGAAGAAGUAAAAGAAAGAUAAUAAGAAUAAUAAGAAAUAUAUAAGAAAAACAACAAGAAGACACAUAAGAAAAAAAAAAUGAUGAACAAUAUAUUAAUUA